AUGUCCACUCUACAAGUACUGGUAUUGGAUGGUGUCAUGGAUUUUUCAUCCAUGAUGAAAUUAAUUACGAGUCCGGUAAUGUCAAAUCUUGUGGAUGUUAGAUUUAAUGGUAGUUAUAAUAAGAAGGAUAAGCUAAUUGCUCCUUGCCCUCAAAUGAAGGCUUUGAAGAGUUUGGGUUUAGAUGGAACUGUUGAUGAAUUGUUAGUGUCCAUUUCAAAAAACGAAUACUUGGAAAAUUUAACAGAGUUGGAUUUGGAUAUGGCAAGUUAUACAGAUAAGGGAAUUGUAGCUUUGGUUUCUAAUAAUUCUCAUGUUAAAAAUUUAACAAGUUUGAGUUGUGAAUCAAGUCAAUUAACUGGUACAGCUAUACGUGCUAUUGCCAAUUCUCCUAAUAUGAAAAAUUUGACCAAACUAAAUAUUGGCUACAAUUACAAGGGAGUGGAAGGAAUACGAGAUAUCAUUCAAAGUGAAUACAUGAAGAAUCUCCAAAUUCUCCAUCUCACUGAGGGUUUCGAGCUUCUUGUCUCUGAAAAUUCACAAAUCAAGAAUUUGAAAAAGCUCAAAAUGAUGGGACAUCGUUUGAACGAGGAUAUCAUCAAAAUUGCCAACUGCCCUCAUAUGAAUCAAAUUGAAAAAUUGGGAAGAUAUUUUGGUACUUCUACUAGUGCUUUGGAAGCCUCAGGUGAUACUGCUCUAGCUGAGAGUAAAUACAUUACCAAAUUGAAAAAGUACUAUUUGGAAUUUGAAGAAACAGAUGAACCAACCAUGUUCAUUACCAGCCCUAAUUCUGAAAAUGUGCAGAGUAUCUACGGAGCUGUCAACAGCUUCAAAAUGGCUAAAGCCCUUGCCGAAUCUCUUUAUUUGAAAAAUCUAUCCCGUUUGCACAUUUAUGGACAAGAUGAAGAGAAUAUUUUUGAAAUAUUAUCAGAAAGCAAGAAUUUGAAAGAAAAUUUACAAUCUCUUUCCUUUAGAUAUACAGGGAAUGAAAUGAUGUCUUCAUCUUGCAAGGUUAUAUCUCAUAUUGGAAAAUUUUCAAAAUUGAAAAAGUUAGAUCUUGCAUUUAUCAACAUUGGAUUGGACGGAAUGAAUUUAAUCAUUUCAAGUGCAUUUAUCAAGAAUUUGAGCAAGCUCUCCCUGACUGAAUGUUGUAUUGACAGCGAUUGCCUAAAGGCUCUUUCUGAGUGUCAAGAUUUCCAACUCACUAGUUUAUCCUUGGGAAAUAACGAGAAGCUUAGAGGGCAAAUUCAUUUACUCUGUGAAAUGACAAGUUUAACAUGUUUGCAAGAAUUAAAUUUGAAGAGUUGCGACCUGUCUGAUGAGGACAUUUUGAGCAUUUCACAAUGUAAAUACUUGACCAAUCUUAGACAUCUCAACGAAUCACAACAAGCUCUCAAGAACAGAAGAGAACAAGACAGCAAGCCUAGUCACAGGAUUCAACCAUCCAUUGAAGAGUUAGAAAAGUAUGCUCACACACCACUUGGUGCAUCCUAUUUGAAAGCCAGAUUAUUUUUUGAUGAGGGAAAGAAGGAAUUCUUCUCUGGACAUCAAAAGAAGGGCCUUGAAUUGAUCAGGAAGGGUUUUUGGGAAGAUGAAAAGGCAUGUCCAUUUUCUGAAGAUGAAGGAGAUGCAGUAUUGAAAUAUUGUUGGGAUCAAGUGACUCAGAAAUCAAGUCCUGAUGUCGAGCUUCAAAACACAUGUGGCUUGGUAAUUGCAUUAAUGCAUCCUGCCAUGGAACCAAAAAUCAUGACAUCUCCAUACUUGCUCCAAGAAGGUUCCUUUAGAGCUGUUACAUUGGUAGCCUCAUGGUUGGCAUCUGCAGGGGAAUGGGAAAAUGCACUCCCAUUAUUCAUGCAAGGUUAUCAAAUUGACCCAACAGAUGUGGAGAAUUAUUAUGCUAUUGGUGUGAUGUUCAAGUUUCUAAAUGAUUGGACAAGUGCUCGUGCAUGGUUGGAACGUUACAUUCAACAUUCGGACAUUCAGGGUUUCAAGAGACCAGCAGCUCACUAUGAAUUAGCUGCGAUUGCACUCGCAGAAAAUGAUAUCACUGAAGCUGCAGAACAAGCCAAACUUGCUAGAAUAACUCUCAAAGAGAGAAUACCCUACUUGCCUCCUCUAUCUACCUCAUCCCAAAUGAUGGUAGAGAGCAUGCUUGGAUUAAUGGGUGAAACAAACUCCUUCCCAAAGAAUGCAAGAAAGGCCGCUGAAAAAAUUGGCAAACAGCAUGCAUCCAACAAUUCAACAAAUGCAUCAUCCUCAUCUUCAUCAACAACCUCAACAAGGGUUGUUACUGUUCCACCUCCAUCAAAGGAAGCAUCAGACUUGAAAGAGAAGGGUAAUCAAUUGUUUGAAAAGAAAAAGUAUAAGGAAGCAAUUGAAUGUUAUUUGAAAGCACUUUCUCUUGGAAAGAGCAGUAUUGAUGCAAUCUUGCACUCGAACAUUUCUGUUUCAUAUGCGAAAAUGGACAAUUAUGUUGAAUCUCUAACGCAUGCCGAGAGUUCAAUCAUUGUAGAUCCAUAUCUUUCUAAAGGUUAUGCAAGAAAAGCGUUUGCCUUGAUGAAAUUGAACAGAACUCAAGAGGCCCGUAAAUUCACCAUUAUUAGUAAUGCAUUGGGAAUGAAAAUUGUAAAGGGUCAUGAGCUACACUCACUCUUACCUGAUUCCCAAAUUGUACUUGUUAAGAAUUCAUACAAUUUGAAAAAGUCCAUGUUGGAGCAAAAUACCACUCAGAGACUAUUCAUUGUAAUUACAGAUGAAGACUCCUACAACUUUUCCACUGAUAUUACUAGACCAUGUUCUCUUAUUGGAAUUGGAAGAGAGAAACCCAAGUUUACAGGCAUGUUUGAUACUCUAUUUUGGGUUUCCUCUCCUGAUUGUCACUUUGAUAAUCUCAGUAUUUCACACUCGAGAACUCAACUUGUCUAUGUUCGUGAAAAGGGUUCAUUGACAGCUAGGGAUUGUCAUUUCUUCUCUUCCAGUAAUCCAAUGCCACUCGUUGCAUGUGGAGAAGGUGGAAAGUUAACACUUUUGGAUUGUGAAAUUUAUGGAGCUAUGGAAUCUGGAGGAGUGAUGGCUCAUGAUAAUGGAUCUAUUGUUAAAAUGACAAAUUGUAAGAUUCAUGAUUGCAGUAGGGCAGCUUUAGAAGUGGUGACACAUGCAAAAGCUGAAGUUGACAAUUGCGAGUUUUAUGAAUGUGGACAAGGCAUAAUUGGAUACAAUAGAGGAAAGAGCAUUCGUGUGAAUAAUACAAGAGUUUACCAACAUGCAAAGGAAGGAGUUUUGAUAGCUAUGGGUUGUUCAGCAACAUUCUCCAAAGUUUCCAUCUUUAAGAAUAAUCAUUUUGGAUUGAGCGUUGAUAAUACUGGAACUGCAAAGUUGACCGAAUGCGAUAUUACUGACAACUUGUUCUAUGGCGUGAGUGUGAAGGGAGAUUGUCCAUUCGAAAUGAAUAAUUCUACCAUUAGUGGAAAUCAAUGUGGAGGUGUUAGAAUUGGAAUUAAUUACACCUCACCAAUCAUUAUAUCUGGAUGUAAAAUUGUCAAUAACACAGGUCCAGGAAUCCACAAUGAAUCUGACAAGUUGAAAAUUCCACAAGAAAAGAAGAAUUUCAUCAAUCAAAUGAAACAAAUGGGAUUGUCAGAUAGAGAUACGUCCAACAAGGUUUUCAAACAAGUUGCCUCAGCCAUAGGAGGAAGCUUAAAAUUGACCAUUACUGAUUGCAUUCAAGAAGGAAAUGAUUCACGUGCUGUAGAAUCUUCUCAAGCUGAUAAGUGCUCAUUUUGUCAUGUUUCUGCUGAAAAGUGUUUCAAAUGUGCCAAAUGUAAACAAGUAAUGUAUUGUGGCACAGCUUGUCAAAAGAAGGAUUGGACCAAACACAAGAUAUUUUGUGAUAGCAUGGCUGAAAGCAAUACAGUUACGAUAGACAUUUCAAGCAGUUCUGUUGAGGGAAAAUUGGUUAGAAAUUCAGACCUUUCCUCCAAAUAUAAGAAACGUCAAGAAGAAAAGAAGGGAAAAUACAUGGAUGGUGAUGAUUUUGUUGUGAAAAUUCAAACAAUCGAAUUGGAUAGCUCACCAGAUCAAACAUUGACUCUCUAUGAUGAAAGUAGGGAGUUGGUACUCAAUUUUAGUAAUAGAGAUAUAUUCUAUUUGAUCAUGAAAUAUGGCACAUUGGGAGAAAAUCAAAUGACAUCAAAAAAGAUUUUCGUCAAGGCAAGAUUUAAUAAGGAAAAUAAUCAAUUGAAUGUCUAUACUCAUAAGGUUUUGCCCAUUAGAUUGUGGUAG